AUGGGCGCCAAGAAGGAGAAGGACCUCGAGAUCCUCGAGCUCAUGAGCUCCAUCAAAGACAAGCCGUCUUGCGAGAACUACGAGCGCAUGGUCUCGGGCAUGAUGUACGACCCCCUCGACCCGAUUCUCAGCGAAGGCCGCCACCGAGCCCGCUGCCUCACGCGCGAAUUCAAUGAGAUCGACCACCGCAAGUUUACUUUCCAAGAGGUGGGUAAGAAGAAGAAGGAGAUUUUGCAGCGCAUGCUCGGCAAGCUCGGCGAGGGCUCGUUUAUCGAGGCGCCUUUGUCGGUGAACUAUGGCUGCAACGUCUUUUUGGGCAAGGAUUCCUUUAUCAGUUUCAAGUACGUCUUCCCGGCGCUGCAAACACCCUACCCUUGCUUCUCCUCUCUCAAGAACAGUGUCACGGUUCUAAUCAAUUACUGCAGCCUGACUAUCCUUGACGUCAGUGUCGUCAGCAUUGGCGACCGCGUUCAUAUUGGACCCAACGUGGGCAUCUACAGCGCAACUCAUGAUGCGAGCAUCCUUUCCCGACUCAGAUGCAGGGAAUAUGGUCUCCGAGUAACCAUUGAAGAUGACUGCUGGAUUGGAGGCGGCUCAAUCAUCCUCCCUGGCGUCACCAUCGGCUUUGGCACCACUGUCGGUGCUGGCUCUGUCGUCACCAAGAGCCUGCCGUCCUACUCUCUGGCGGUUGGCAACCCGGCCAAGGUCAUCAAGAAGGUACAGACAGUCGAGGAGGAGAUGUCUGUUCUGAGCAGCUUCUUUGAAGAUUGA